AUGCCGACUAAGUAUGGAUCACCUACAGUGGACAGAGACGUCGAUACCCAAUGGGUCCAAUGGCUCGCCAGACGCAAAACCCCAAUUGCUUCACCACUAUCUUCGUCGACCCCGGUGCCAAUGCCAUCAGCCACCCUUUAUGACUCGGGUCCUCUGCACUCCCGCAGUACCGCCACCAGCUACUUUGCUCUACUCUCCGCUGCCCAAGGCCAGCAGCAACCACGUCGCCAGGGCAGGCCGCAGACACCGUCUCUAUCAAUGGACUCCUCCUGGGGGACCUGGCUCUUCGACCGGGGGCCACGAGGAUCCAAGCGGCCAACAAGUGUAGGAGUCAAUCCGCAGAUGCAAACCACUUCGGUCAAACCGCAAUUAAUAUCCACGGCUCCCGCAUUCGCGGUCUCAAGCCUUGACCCCCUCCACUUCCCUUUGACUACCCCGCUUAUGGACUCGGAGUCUAUUCCCGGAGUUUCGGAUAAGGCGUUGGGCCCCGGCCCCAACCCCGUUAAGGUGGCCAUUGCCCUUGAGCACCUCGGUCUCUCAUACGACACCGUGCCUCUGGGCUUCGGUGAAGGCAAGGGCACCGUCAACCCCAACGGACGUGUUCCCGGUCUCAUUGACCACGCCAACAGCGAGUUCACUGUCUUCGAGAGUGCCGCCAUCCUCCGCUACCUGGCAGACAAGUAUGACGCCUCCGGAAGCCUGGCCGGUAAGAUCGUCGAGGAACGCGCCGCCGUUAACCAGUGGCUCGCCUGGCAGGUGUCCGGCCUCGGACCCUACCAGGGCCAGCUGGUCUGGUUCCUCGCCUCCCACGAGGGCGCCCACGGCGAGAAGCCCAACCCCAGUGUCAUUGCUCGCUACCAGACUGAGGUCGAGCGCCUGCGCACUGUCCUCGAGGGUCACCUCACCUCAGCGGAGAACGGCUUCGUCGCUCUCGGCCGUCUCACCAUUGCGGAUUUCGCCAUCUUGCCUUGGUUGAAGCUUUCGGGCCUGGCCGGACCAGCCCUCAAGCCCUUCGAGGAGUACCCCGCUAUCAACGCUUACAUCAAGAUGUUGGAUGCUUUGCCCGAGGUACAGGCUGCUUACAAAAAGGCUGUUCCUCCUAUGUAA